AUGACCGACAUUCGAAUGCCACUGAAUCGGCAGGCUCUUUCUGAUGAGUUGAAUGAGUUUGAUAAGCUGACUUAUGCUGAGGAGGACCGCAUGCUGGAAGAAGGUGAUGCUCGGCAUGCUGACCAUUCAUCCUUGACUGGAGUUUCUGGACACAAUGUCAGGAAUCGACGGGAUAAAAACCAUUCCAAUUACAAACAGAGACCGUCGUGGCGCUUUCGAGCUCCUCUUAUUCUGUUUGGACUGCUGAUACUUGUUCUAGUUUCCAUUGUCUUUUUGGCUCUACGAACUAACAGUGAUAGGCCUUUUGCUGGUCGUGAUGGUGAAGCCAAAACUAUCAAUGGAAGACCAGCUGUCACUGAUAGACUAUUGGGCUUGCUUCCUAUUUCAAAAGCUGAAGAUAUAGAUCCAAAAUGGGUCCAGGAUUCACAAGCUGGGUUUCCCGAUGGAAGUUUUUUGGAGCUUGACCAGCAUAAGUUUGUCGUUCGUCAGUUUGGAAGCACCAACAGCACCGUUAUUGCCGAUAUCAAGAACAUUAAUGAUAAGCAAGGCAACGCGAUCGAGUUUAGUACUUGGACUGCAUCUGCUGAUCUCAAGUAUCUGCUUCUAACUACAAAUUACCAAAAAGGAUGGAGGCACUCUUUUUUUGCAGACUACUAUUUGUACGAUAUCAAAGCCAAACAGGCAAAACCAUUGGCUAAUUCUGUAUCUGAUAAGCACAUUUCGAAUGAAUUGGGUAGUGGCAUGGUUGCCUUGACUGCUUGGAGUCCAAAAGGUCACAGCGUUGCUUGGGUGCGCGACAAUGAUCUCUAUGUUACAGUCGAGGGAACAACCGAGGUUCGCAUUACUACUGAUGGAUCUUACAACAUAAUCAAUGGCCUAUCUGACUGGGUUUACGAGGAAGAGGUGCUUGGAAAGGGCAAGGCUUUAUGGUUUUCACCUGAUGGAUCUCAUAUUGCAUAUCUCAAAUUCAAUGAUACAUUGGUCAAGACAUUCCCACUCGAAUACUUUUCCAAAUUUGGAGAAAAUGCCUAUCCUAGAGAAUUGAACCUGAAAUAUCCAAAAGCCGGAUCUCCAAAUCCUGUCGUCACUCUGCACAUUGUUACUCCUUUAUCAACCAAUGUUACUGAACAAUCUAGUCCUGUUCAUUUUGGCAUUGAAGGUUUUGCUGAUCAAGAUCGUUUGAUUGUCGAAGUCAAUUGGUUAACAUCCAACGACACACUAAUGGUUCGUCUGAUGAAUCGUGUACAAGAUAUUCAGCGACUUUUCUUGGUCAAGGGAACCCAAAUCAAUGGUAUAUUUACAUGGAAAGCCGAUCUAGUUCGCGAUGAAGCUACCCCAGACGGAGCUUGGCACAACAUUCUUCAGCCUCUCACACCCAUUCUUUCCUCCAAUUUUGCUGAUCAUAAUGAUCCAUCCUAUGUUGAAAUUAUGGAUAGCGCCAAUGGAUAUGCACACCUCGCAUACUUUGAUGACAUUGGCCGUGCUUCUCCUACUAUGUGGAUCACAUCAGGCACCUGGGAAGUCACUGGAAUCGUGAGAUUUGAUGAAGCUAAAGACAUUAUUUAUUUCAUGAGUACCGAGCAUGGAUCAACUGAGCGCCAUUUAUAUAGUGUGCAUUUGGAUGGAUCUGGAAAGAAAAGACACACUCCGCAAAAGGAUGUCGAGUUGAAAAAAGUAGCUUCUGUAUUAAACGAAACGUAUGGACUUCCUCUUGGCGACUCUGGGUACUUUGACGUGAAACUAUCUCCCAAAUGUGGAUAUUCAAUUGUUUUAUACACUGGACCUGAUGUACCUUACAGGAUCACUUACAAGAUUGAAGACAGUGGAUGGAGGCGAGUUGAUAGCGUUGAGAAUACCAAAUUACGAGAAUCAAUUUCAAAAGUCGCUCUUCCUCAAAUUAGCUAUUUUACUAUUCCAAAUCAGAUUGGCAAUGAUAUGAAUGUCAAGAUGAUUGUACCUCCCGACUUUGAUCCUUCUGGCAAAACAAAAUAUCCAGUGCUCAUGCAAGUAUAUGGAGGUCCCUAUUCACAAAUGGUCAAUCAAAAGUGGAAUCUAGACUUUAUGUAUCACUUGCCAUUGAUAGGAUUUGUUUCUGUAAUUGUUGAUGGUCGUGGUACUGGGUUCAAGGGUCGCAAGUUUCGGAAUGCGGUCAGUAAACAGCUUGGUCUGCAUGAGGUAGAGGACCAAAUUGAGGCUGGAAGAUGGCUUGGACAGCAAAAGUAUAUUGAUAGUAAAAAGAUUGGCAUUUGGGGUUGGUCGUAUGGAGGAUACAUGGCAGCAAAGUGUAUUGAAGCCAAUUCAGGUGUAUUUGCUCUUGGUAUGUCAGUCGCGCCUGUAACAGAUUGGCGAUUUUACGAUACUGUAUAUACUGAGCGCUAUAUGAAGACGCCAGUGCAAAACCCUGAAGGAUACGCCAAAAGCGCUGUAUCCAACAUGACUGGCUUUUCACAAUCUAGAUACCUUUUGAUUCACGGCACUGGUGACGACAAUGUUCAUUUUCAAAACUCUGCCAUGCUGGUAUGGCAUUUCACUGGUGCCAACCUAUCGCCCAAAAAUGUGCGCGUUCAAUACUAUACCGAUUCUGAUCACUCCAUCAGUGACAAUGGAGCUAAUCCUCAAGUAUUUGGACUAUUGACUUCAUAUGCGUGCGAUACUUUCAGAUUGAAUUGUAACCAGGGUUUUGAUAGAUUGGAUAGGCGUGAUCUGUCUAUUUUUGAGCACAAAUGAAGGGGCUAAUCUUUAUUAUAGCCGAGUUGAAUAUCUUGUCGAUUAAAAUAUAUCAAUAUUAUAGUUGUUG